AAGUGAGUUGAAAGCGAAGGGAAAUCUGAAUGGCAUGAAAUUUGAAGCAAUACAAAUUUGUUUAGUGAGUUUCGUAGCAGUAAAAAAUUGGGAAUUUGGCGAGGGGAGAAUCGAGAUGCCAAAGCGGAAGACAGGGGCGAGGAAGAAGGCAGAGAAGCAGAAAGCGAGGCAGAAGGGCAUAAGCGAACAGCAAUUUCACAUAGAGCUGGGGAAGCAUCCCUGCAACUCCCUUUACACGUGCGAUGUGUGCUCGCGUGUGCAGAAGAAUAGGGCCUUCUGCUACUUUUGCGCCUCCGUCACCAAAAUCCCCUCUUGCGCCAACUGUGGGAAGACCAAAUGCAUGGCCUCCUCCUCCGACUGCCUUCUCCUCCACCCCGCUCGCAACGUUUCUGGGAUGAACAUGGUGGGUUGUAUAUGUGAUUUUUGUGAAGCAUUCUUGUGCCAUUCAAAACGUUGCCUCACAACUCAUUGCUGUACAUGUCCACUAACUGAUGCAACAUGCAUUGAAUGUGAGAGGACUGUUUGGGAGCACGGUGGAAGAAUGUUCCGAUGUUUUUCAUGUGAUCAGUGGUUAUGUGAGGAUGAUCAGUUUGAGCAUCAAGCUUCCUGCCAACAGCUUGAGAGUGAGACUUUCCAUUGUCUGUCUUGCAACCGACUUGGGAUAUAUACAUGUUUACGUUGCAAGAUUUGCUUCUGUGAUGACCAUGUAAAAAGUGUGAAUAAUGUGGUCAAGAAAGGGGAGGGACUCUCAUGUAAAAAGUGUGGUUAUGCUUUGAGAGAAACAAAAGAUCUGAGUGUCUCUGUUCGGCAACAUAAGUUUGGACGCCAGACUACGAAUGAAAUGGAUUAUUAUGGAGAGUCAUCUUUUGGUAGUGGAUAUCAUAAUGAUAAUGAUUACCUUCAAAAUGUUUCUGAAGAAGAUGGAACUGAUGAAGACGAGGAUGAAAAUGAAGUUUCAGAAGAGGAAGAUCCUGACAAUUAUGAUGAAUAUGAAGAGAAAAAUGCACUUGUUGGAAUGGCUAGUUUAAAGUUGAAAUAGUAAUCAUCAUUCAUUAAUCAUGGUUCUGGUGGAUUCUGUAUUUCACGAGUUGAAGGAGAUCCCAUGAUGUCUACAUUUUAUUUUUGUGGCUCCAAAAUACAAGUUUUGUUUUUACUGUGUUGAGCCCUUUCAAUGUAUUUUGAUUGAUAUUUCUGGCUAUUGUAAUGGCAUGUCUUUGUUAUGCAAGGUGUCCUUGUUUCCGAGAUUUUUCUUUUCUCCAAGUUACGGGCCCAGAGGGCAUGUGCCUAUUCUUUAUGAAUGUUCUCUUUUAGAAAUGAGUUUCUCCCAGCCAACUCUUCCUUUGUGUUAAUCUUUGAAGGGAAAUAGAAGAGUCUGGUUCUUCCA